CAUAAUCACCCACCACUCUACCCAACCACCUCACCUCACCUCACCUCACCUCACCUCACCUCCUCUCCCCUCCCACCCAACCAUGACGAGCACCUCCCACCGCGCCGACGCGAGCACCUUCCUCGACAACCGGGGAUACACCGGCCCGCUGGUCCGCGGCGUGAACCCGCUCACGCUCUUCGAAAAGCCGGUGCGCGACCGCAUCACCGACUCCUACUACUGGAAAGAGCAAUGUUUCGGGCUGAACGCCGCGACACUGUGCGAUCGGGCGGUGGAAUUGACCUCCAUCGGGGGCGUGUACGGGGUGGCUGAGAAACCGUCGCCGUUUCUGUGUCUCGCGUUCAAGUUGCUGCAGCUUAGUCCGGACCGGGAUGUUAUUUUGGAGUAUUUGAAUUUUACAGACGACGAGGAUGAGGACGAGGAUGAGCGAGACCCCAACGCCAACGUGGUCAAAACGCGCGGCUCCUUCAAAUACCUGCGGGCGCUGGCGGCGUUCUACGUGCGACUGACCUUCGAGCCGGCGGAGGUGUACAAGACGCUGGAGCCGCUGUUGCUGGAUUACCGGAAGCUGAAGAGGCGGAUGCGGGAGUCGUUUACGCUCACGUACGUGGAUCAGUUUGUCGAUGAGCUGUUGACGAAGGAGAGAGUGUGCGGGACGAGUUUGUGGAAGUUGCCGGCAAGGCAGUUGCUGGAGGAUCUGGAUUUGUUGGAGGUGAGGGAGAGUCCCUUGCAGGAGGAGCUGGAGGAGAUGGAGAGGAGUGAUGAGGAUGGUGGGGAGGGGGGAUAUGAGGAAGGGGAGAGAGGGGAUGGGGAGGAUUGA